AUGAAACCUAUAGAACCAGAAGAAACACGAAACAGCGUGCAGUCAUAUACUGAGCGAGUAAUGCCACGAAACAAUGUUCAGGAAUGCAACAGUUUUUCUAACGGAUGGAAAAAAGAAAAUAGUACGUCGCAAGCGACGCUCGGUUUAUCCUCUGAAAAACUUGGAAUUAGCGACUACGAUAAUAGUAUUGACAGUUAUAUUGAAAAAAGGCAAAAUCUCUUAAUCACCUGUAUAUUUCCCGUUGCUCGCCGUGCGCUACUUUUCCCUCAAAACGGCACCCUAGAGGAAUUUCGACGUCUAGCUGAGAAAAGGUUCAAGAUCACUUUGACCCCCGCAGCUUAUAAAACUUUCGAUGGCUUUAUUAUUGAUUUGGUUGAUCAAGAGGAUUGGAAUGUUGCGCUUUGGGAAGCGACAAGAAAUAAAGAAGCUAUAGUUAAGAGGGUUGAAGUGUACUUUG